AUAAGUUUCCUGCUCUAGUCGUCGAUAGGUCACUCCUGUCCUUCCUAGACUCUCUUAUUAACUUUAAGAUUAAGUAUAAGUGUUAAUUGCGAAUCCAAAAUUAAAUAUUUUUUUCAAACAUAGAUUAUUUUUAAAAACAGUCAAAUGUGUGUGUGUAGUGCCACUAAUUUUAAGUGAUUUCAAGUGUUUAAGUGCUUCUUUUAGGAAGUUGUGUCUCAUACUCUUAAGCGAAUAUUUUUAUUUCAACAAUAAAUUUGAGACUUGAGUCAGAUUUUAAUUCUUUUCAUUCAAUGCUAUCGGAUUUUUGCAUGCAACAAAAAUUGUUUUUUAGUGAAUAACAGUAACUGUGAUUGUUUUUUGGGUUUGAAAAAGAAAGUGCACCGGAAAUGAUAAUCCAGGAAUGUGAAUUGGUAAUUGAUUCAGAUUUAAAAUUAUUUCACGGCUUGUCUAAAAGAUAGCAUUUAAUGCCAGGUUCGCCUGAGCGAUUCAUUCGCUUUCUGCGCUUUUCGAAAAAUGGAAAAAAUCAGUAUUCCACUUGUUCAUCAAGUAAAAUUGGUUUACCGGAACUUAUCCAAUUUCACUCUGUCCAAAGAUGCACAACUCUCAUCGUUACAUUUUUCUGGAUACAGUUUUGACAUUACCGAAGGAACCAAACUUCUUGGGGACGAGGAAAAUGAUGAGACCUUUCAAGGAACGACACAUUCUACUCGAGUGCUUCAAACAUCGAACGAAAUUAAUUCUAGUGAAAUAUCUACAAUAAAAAUUUUCAUCGAAGGGAUGACUUGCCAAUCGUGUGUAAAUAAUAUAGAAGGGAUGAUAAGAGUUCAUCCUGGCGUGAUUGAUAUUAAAGUCCUUUUAGAGGAAAAAGCUGGACACAUAACAUACAAAGCGAGUGAAACUUCCCCUAAGGAAUUAGUCGACGCAAUUAUCGAUAUGGGUUUUGAGGUAUUUUUACCAGCUGGAGAAAAAUCAUCUGAUAAUAAUCAUUUAAGUCUCGAGCCCGCUAAUAGUAAUUGUAGUAUUCAUAUCGAUGGAAUGACGUGUAUUUCUUGUGUCAAUAGUAUUACUGGAAUGAUUUCCGAAAAACCAGGAGUGAAGGAAAUCCACGUCAGUUUGGAAGGGAAAGAAGCUAACAUUUCCUACAGCUCCGGCGACAUAACUCCAGAUCAAUUAGCCGAUUUUAUUGUGGAUAUGGGUUUUGAUGCAUUCGUAAAAGAAGUAAAUGGACAAACCGAGAAAAUAAAAAGUAAUUCUGAUAAUAAUAAUAAAAAAGAGGAAGUUGCGAUUCAAGUAAAUGGAGGCGGAGACGUAAAACCUGAAAAACAACUGGCCAAAUGUGUUUUGCACGUACAGGGUAUGACAUGUGCAUCUUGUGUUACUGCGAUUGAGAAGCACUGUAAAAAAUUAUAUGGAGUAGAUAGUAUUUUAGUAGCAUUGAUGGCUGCGAAAGCCGAAGUUAAAUACGACCCGGAAAAAAUAACGCCAACUGAUGUAGCUUCGAGUAUUUCUCAGUUGGGAUUUCCUGCCGAGAUUAACGAUGUAGGAAACGGGGAGAGUGAAGUAGAAAUUAUGAUUUCAGGAAUGACCUGCGCAUCUUGUGUGAAUAAAAUAGAAUCAACAAUUAAGAAAUUGUCGGGCGUUCAAUCGUCAAGGGUCGCACUCGCGACUCAACGAGGAAAAUUCAAAUAUGAUUCGGAUAAAAUUGGAGUCAGAGAUAUCUUGGAAUGUAUUAACAAAUUGGGUUUCACGGCUAGCCUUCUCAGCAAUAAAGAUAAAGAAAAUAGGAGUUAUUUGGACCAAAAGGAAGAGAUACAAAAAUGGAAAACUGCAUUUUUGAUAUCAUUAAUAUUCGGAGUUCCGUGUAUGAUAGCGAUGACUUAUUUCAUGUUAGAUAUGUCAAUCGGUCAUAAAUCUCACGAAGAUAUGUGCUGCGUGAUUCCAGGUGUGUCGUGGGAAAAUCUUAUUCUUUUCGUUUUCUCGACACCUGUUCAGUUUUUCGGUGGGUGGCACUUUUAUGUCCAAGCCUACAAAGCUUUGAAGCAUGGAUCUGCGAACAUGGACGUUUUAAUUUCGAUGACUACAACAAUAUCUUAUGUUUAUUCCGUUUGCGUUCUCGCAGCAGCUAUUAUUUUGCAAGAAAGUCUCAGUCCACAGACAUUCUUUGACACACCACCCAUGUUGCUUGUUUUCAUCAGUCUCGGAAGGUGGCUUGAACACGUAGCCAAGGGCAAAACAUCAGAAGCGCUUUCGAAACUCCUCUCCCUAAAAGCCACAGACGCCGUCCUUGUGACCUUAGGCACGAACAAAGAGAUACUCUCCGAACGAGUGAUAAGCGUAGACCUUGUGAAACGAGGAGACAUUUUGAAAGUAGUCCAGGGUGCAAAAAUUCCCGUCGACGGUCGAGUUCUUUCUGGGAAUUCAGCUUGUGACGAGAGUCUAAUAACCGGUGAAAGCAUGCCAGUUCAUAAAAAAGUGGGCUCCGUUGUCAUAGGAGGUUCCAUAAACCAAACCGGUCCAUUAUUAAUCGAAGCCACUCACACUGGAGAACACACGACAUUAGCUCAAAUUGUUCGUCUCGUGGAAGAGGCUCAGUCGAGUAAAGCGCCAAUUCAACAACUAGCUGACAAGAUUGCUGGAUACUUUAUCCCCUUUGUUAUUGCCGUGUCGAUUGUAACGUUGCUAGCUUGGAUAAUAGUUGGCUAUGCGAAUUUCGAAGCCUUGCCUAUUUCGCACAAUGAACAAAUUCUAAGGAAUAAUUUAGGCAAGGUAGAGAAGAUUUAUCAGUACGCUUUCAAGUGCGCUUUGUCGGUUUUGGCAAUUGCUUGUCCUUGUGCUUUAGGAUUGGCUACACCGACUGCAGUUAUGGUUGGUACCGGAGUUGGAGCUUUAAAUGGAAUUUUAAUUAAAGGUUCCGAACCUUUAGAGAACGCACAUAAAGUUAAGUCAAUUGUAUUUGAUAAGACUGGUACCUUGACGAAUGGAACGCCGAGUGUAUCUAGAAUUGGACUUUUUGUUGACGAGAAAGUCUGCUCGAUUGUCAAACUUCUGGCGAUUGUUGGAACUGCUGAGGUUAAUAGCGAACAUCCUAUUGCUUCUGCUAUUGUCCGCUACGUAAAGGACACGAUAGGGUCGGAAGUAAGCGGCCAAUGCUCAAACUUCCAGGCUGUUGCUGGCUGUGGACUCAAAUGUAAAGUUUCUCACCUCACGACUACAAUUUCCUGGGCCCUGAAAUCGGAGAAGAUCAUCAAUUACAUGAACCAGACAAGGAAACUAACGUCAGGAACGUUCGAAUUGAAUGGAGUUCCUGUGGAUAUUGUGUCCAUGAUUAGUUCUAUCCAAGAGAGGCAAAAUGUGAAUUUGGAAUUGCUGCUGAAUCCCGAUUCCCAAGGAGAUCAGCCGGAGGUCGACUCUUAUGAAGUUUGCAUUGGGAAUAGGGAAUGGAUGAGAAGAAAUGGAGUUCUUAUUCCUCAGGAAGUGGAACUGGGGAUGAUUGAUGAAGAAAGUUUAGGCCAUACGGCUGUAUUAGCGGCUGUAAAUAAUACUUUGGUAGCUAUGAUCAGUGUAGCGGACAUGGUGAAAUCUGAGGCGCAUUUAGCGGUUUAUACUUUGAAGAGAAUGGGUUUGGAAGUUAUUCUUUUGACGGGAGAUAAUAGAAAGACGGCCGCUUCUAUUGCGAGACAGGUUGGCAUUAGUAAGGUUUUCGCUGAAGUUCUUCCGUCACAUAAAGUAGCAAAAAUUCAAAGACUGCAAGAAAAGGGAAUCAGGGUCGCGAUGGUCGGCGAUGGAGUUAAUGAUAGUCCAGCUCUUGCACAAGCUGAUGUGGGAAUUGCGAUUGCUUCUGGUACCGAUGUUGCUGUGGAAGCUGCUGAUGUUGUUUUGAUGAGGAAUGAUUUGCUGGAUGUUGUCGCGUGCCUGGAUCUCUCUCGAAAGACGGUGAAUCGAAUAAGACUGAAUUUUCUCUUUGCCAGUGUUUACAAUUUAUUAGGAAUUCCGAUAGCUGCAGGUGUUUUCAGUCCCUUUGGCUUCCUUCUUCAACCCUGGAUGGCUUCUGCUGCAAUGGCACUCAGUUCCGUCUCCGUCGUCGGAAGUUCUCUACUUCUCAAAUUAUACCGAAAACCAACAAGAGCCACCUUAGAAACACCGGAAUACUUAACAGCGAUGAACGCUCGAUCAGCUGCUAGAAUGCUGGACGCCGACUCAAUUUCUCUUCACCGGGGAAUAGACGACGCGAUAUCACCAACGAUGAAUCGAUCCACGUCCACUAUAUCCAGAUUAUUUAAUCGCACAAAGGAAGAUGUAGAAGGACGUCUUCUUGGAAACGAUGCUGACGAUAUCGUCACUGUGGAUUUCUCCGAUCGCCAGAAAAAAGCGAAAAUCGUAACGGAAAUGACGACAUUCUGAUACCCUAGUCAUGAGAAUUUCUUAUACAAAACGAAAAUGGUAACGUUGCCAUUGUAAAUAAUUAACUCGUCUGGAAUGAGUUUUCUGAAACUUGAGACUAAAAGAUUUAUAUUUUAUAUCUACUAAUAAUUUAAGAAACGAGAUGACUAAACUAUUUUAGUACUUAAGGACCACUAAAGAUAAUUUAGUUUAAACCUUAAGCCUCCAGUAUUCCAGUUACCAAGUAGGAUAAUCAAUCAACCUUUUGAUAUUUUUUACCCAGUGGAUACGGAAUAUAUUGUUGAAAGUGUGCAGUUUCCAGGCGACCGUACAAUGAAAAUACUAAGUUUAUAAUAAUUAUUAAUGAACUUCCUUUAAAAGGCUUUUUAAUUAAGACAUAUUAUUUAUAAUGUCGAAACUGCCAAGACAUAAAUACUUCUUUGGAAACAAUACUGAGCAAAAUAACUUAAUAAUUAUAAAAAUGUUAUUCUUAUAAAAUCUUCCUAAAACGCUGUAAUUCUGAGCAAUGUCUGUUUCUUUGUACUUAACUCAGUUCAGAAAGCGACUAAAGCUUCAUAAAUAGUAAUAAAAAACAGCUUGACAUUUAUUUUUUAAAAGACUGACUACAAAAGUGCAUAUAAAAUUUUAUGUACAUAGUUCAAAACAGUUGUUCAGUUUUAACCGCUUUCUGUUACAUAAUUAUUAAUUAUGUUUACAGCCGUAAAUACUGUCUCAUGUUUUUAUUUAACAAAUAUGCUUGCUAUAAAAAAAGAACAUUUGUUUCAUAAAAAAGUAUUUUUUUAAAAUAAUUUCUACUCGCUAAGCUUACGUUCGAAGACAAUCGCAGAUCAUUACAAUGAAUAUGCUUUCUUUUUGAUUUUGCACCUAAUUAUUACAGGUAAUUUUACUUUGGCGAUCAUCUGUUUUUACUUGGAAAAGUGAAAACGUGAGAUUAGAGUAAAAACUUCUUAUGCAUUUAUACUUUGACAUCUUAUGAAAAUCUCAGACUGUAAAAUAAGAUAUUAAACAAUAUAUACGCACACGUGUGUGUUUU